AUCACUCAAAUCCCAGACAAGCUAAAAUGUAAUUUUGCUAUCUGAAUUAAAUAUAUCUAUCAAAAAGCACACCGCCAUUUUUGUCUUCGUUGACUUCAAAGUUAGAUCACAAAUCUGUGAAAGUGAUUCUUGAUAUUUUUCAUAUUUUGUAUUAACAUGAAAGGUGUUUUUCUACUUGUGACUUUGUUAGCAAAUGUGCACACGGGAGCUAAUGAUCUUCUUGAUGAAAAAUGGAGAAGUUCCGUUGAUCUAAAAGUAGAGAAACUUAUGACAGUCUUAGAAAUACAACAAGAGAAAGUCUCUCAGUGCGAAUCAAGAAUAAAAAUCCUGGAGGAAGACGUUGCUGAGAAAUAUCAUAAAAAUAGAGAGCUUCAACAUAGAUCUAAAAGAUUUUUGGCAGACCAAGGAUUAUCACCCAUUGCAUUCUAUGCCUAUAUAUCGCAUUCAUUCACUCACGUCGGAGAUAAUCAAGCUCAUGUUUACGAUACAGUCGUCACCAAUCUAGGGAAUGGGUACAGCAAACACACCGGGGCAUUCACAGCUCCCAGAACGGGUGUGUAUGGAUUUUCCUGGACAGUCUUUGUGGGCGGAUAUCAUAUCUCAGGAGACACGGACUCAAAUUUUGGAGAAAUCACAUCUCAAUUACUUCAUAAUGGUCAAGUAAAGGGAAUCUUGCAUGCAGAUACCGAGACUGUUUAUGAAGACGAAACGUCCACUGGGUUUGUUGUUUUGAGUGUAAAUGCUGGUGACGUCAUCAUAACUCGAGCAUCAAGUCUUCAUCAGGGUUCAUAUUACAGCAAUGGAUCUGGUAGAUGGACUUUUUCUGGUUUUCAAAUUGCUUGAAGUCAAAUAAAUGAUAUGUAAUUUUUUUAUAUGUUCUCGAAAUAUUACAUCAAAGUCACAUAAUCCAUCUUAUUGUAAACAUCUCCCGCUUUGAAAUACCUGCUUUAUCCUUUA